CAGCAGAGGAAGUAAUGGAGCCGGGCGGUGUUCGCUUUUCCCACUGACCGACGCUUUCCUCAGCCUUGUUAUGGAAGAGAUCUGACCAUCGUCAUCAGGGUCUUUAGUAAAGAGCAAAGACACAACUGACAACGCAUCCUCGGACUAUCCUACCCGCGACCUACUCCGUGAAAGCAAACCGAUACUCGCUGCCCAUGUAAGACCUUGAUCACCUAGGGACGUGACAGGUAGCUUGCUCCAUCCAAUGGGUCUCCUCCACUCGAAGAAACCCGGACUCCAGUUCGAGGAGUUUUACUCGGACAUCCCAUCAUAUUACAUCAUAUCCCAUACUUGGUAUCCAAACAAUCAGGAAAUCCCGUAUCAAGACGUCCUGAAUGGAGCGGGAGAGCAAAAGCUGGGGUUGCAGAAAAUCUUGAAGUUUAAGGAACUUGUUUCUUCAAAGCAGGGUGAUUAUUUCUGGGUGGAUACCUGCUGUAUUGACAAAACGUCUAGCGCGGAGCUUUCAGAGGCAAUCAACUCCAUGUAUCUCUGGUAUAAGGAAGCCGCUGCCUGCAGCGCUUACCUCUCCGACGUGGACAUCCCAAACUCGGGCUCCUUGCGUUCCCACGAUUCUAGCAUCGUGUUCAAAUCUAGUCGAUGGUUCACGCGGGGCUGGACACUCCAAGAGCUCCUUGCACCCAAAUCCGUCAGACGGACAACCACCCGCGUCGAGGAUCAAUCAUACUCCCUCAUGGGUCUGUUCGGCGUCAACAUGCCCUUACUUUAUGGCGAAGGCCCCAAGGCUUUUAUUUGA